AUGUCUUCUGAUGGGUUUAAUUUUGUUAUGGAAGGAAAGAUUCCUGAGGAAGGAACCGCACAGUCUAAGCUGGUGGAGCAUACUGGUGGAUGCCACUGUGGAGCAGUCAGGUUUAAAGUCAGGGCAGCCGAGAAUCUAGUGGCUUAUGACUGCAAUUGCAGUAUUUGUGUGAAGAAACAGAUUAAAGGCUUUAUUGUUCCAGAGUCAGAUUUCACUUUAUUGCAGGGAGCAGACAACAUAACCACAUAUACUUACAAUACCAGACAGGCUCAACAUACUUUCUGUAAAACAUGUGGUGUGGAGAGUUUCUAUACUCCCAGGUUAAACCCAAACGGGC